AUGAAUUCAACUGUGCAGGUGAUGCUGAAGCUGAUACUAGUUGUUUCGACCGUGUACGGACUCAGUAUUGUCCGUGAUCAGGAUGAGCGUGAAAGCGUGAUGAGUUUAAGUGACGUUGAUCAGUCUCUAGUGAAGGAGGAUCCCGCUGUGGACGGAGUUCGCUAUCGGAAAGUACAUCGAGCUACGUAUGCCAAUCGGAAGCAACAACGUGAGAGUAAACAUUUGGAUCUAAAUGAGCUUGCACGCAAAAGACGAGCCACGGAGGGAAACGCUCAAGCUGCUUCCAAGGGCAAGGAAUGUCGCACACGGGCCGGAGAGAAAGGCUACUGCACACGCUUCCAAAAUUGCAAGGGCCCCGAGCUGAAGGACAACGUGUGGUCCGUCCUGCAGCAUCUAUGCAUAGUCGAGGGCAUGAAUGUUGGUAUCUGCUGCCCGGACGUGGUACAGGAUGGUAAUGGGCCCGAGUUCUCCCUCCGCCUGCCGGCCACAGCCGAUUCGUACGACGAUGUCGAUGGCCUGGGAGAUGGACCGAUGGGACGGGACGCCAUCGUACGACCGGAAGAGCGCGGCUGCGGGCUGUCAACGAAACAGCUGUCCAAAAUUUCCGGCGGACGUCCAGCGGAAUCGAAUGAAUGGCCCUGGAUGGUGGCGCUGGUCAUGUCGAAGGCUUCGUUCUGCGGUGGUGCACUCAUCACGGACCGACACGUGCUCACGGCGGCCCAUUGUGUGAUGAAGCUGAAGCUGAACCAGUUCAUCGUACGGCUCGGCGAGUACGACUUCAAGCAGUUCAAUGAGACGCGCUACCGGGACUUCCGCGUGGCGGAGAUCCGUGCCCAUGCCGACUUUGACCAGGUCAGUUACGAGAAUGAUAUAGCGAUGUUGAAGCUGAUACAACCAUCGUUCUUCAACUCGUACAUCUGGCCCAUCUGUAUGCCACCGCUCGAUGACGCCUGGAGCGGGUAUCAGGCGGUCGUAACCGGUUGGGGCACCCAGUUCUUUGGUGGUCCGCAUUCGCCCGUGCUAAUGGAGGUGAAAAUACCGAUCUGGUCGAACCAGGAAUGCCAGGAGGUGUACGUGAACCGCAUCUACAAUACGACGAUGUGUGCGGGAGAAUAUGAUGGCGGAAAGGACUCGUGUCAGGGUGACAGUGGUGGACCGCUGAUGAUACAGCUGCCCAACCGACGAUGGGCGGUCGUUGGUGUCGUGUCCUGGGGUAUCCGGUGCGGGGAACCUAAUCAUCCAGGUAUUUACACCCGGGUUAGUUCGUACGUACGGUGGAUCAUCGAGAAUGCUGUAUUCUAA